UCACCCCGCCGACAGCUCCGUGGCCGUCUCGGUCCCGCGGCCGGUGGUUCGGGCGCGCGCGCCGAGGGUCGCGCGGCUGCUGAGGAGGGCGAGCGCGCGCUGGGAGGGAGUGGAGGCGUAGGGGGGCGGGGGUACGGCUCGAUUGCUCGCAAGAUGGCGGACGAGGACGGGGAAGGGAUUCACCCCUCAGCCCCUCACAGGAACGGCGGCGGCGGCGGCGGCGGAGGGGGGUCCGGGCUCCACUGCGCCGGGAACGGCAGCGGGGGAGGCGGCGGCCCGCGGGUCGUGCGCAUCGUCAAGUCCGAGUCCGGCUACGGCUUCAACGUGCGGGGCCAAGUGAGCGAGGGCGGGCAGCUGCGGAGCAUCAACGGGGAGCUGUACGCGCCGCUGCAGCAUGUGAGCGCCGUGCUGCCCGGGGGGGCGGCCGACCGGGCCGGGGUGCGCAAGGGGGACCGCAUCCUGGAGGUGAACGGCGUGAAUGUUGAGGGGGCGACACACAAGCAGGUGGUGGACCUGAUCCGAGCAGGCGAGAAGGAAUUGAUCUUGACAGUGUUAUCUGUACCUCCUCAUGAGGCGGAUAACCUAGAUCCCAGUGACGACUCGUUGGGACAAUCAUUUUAUGAUUACACAGAAAAGCAAGCAGUGCCCAUAUCGGUCCCCACAUACAAACAUGUGGAGCAGAAUGGUGAGAAAUUUGUGGUGUACAAUGUUUACAUGGCAGGGAGGCAGCUGUGUUCUAAGCGGUACCGGGAGUUUGCCAUCCUACACCAGAACCUGAAGAGAGAGUUUGCCAACUUUACAUUCCCUCGACUUCCAGGAAAGUGGCCAUUCUCAUUAUCAGAACAGCAGUUAGAUGCUCGACGUCGGGGGUUGGAAGAAUAUCUAGAAAAAGUGUGUUCAAUACGAGUCAUUGGUGAGAGUGACAUCAUGCAGGAGUUCCUGUCAGAGUCAGAUGAGAACUACAAUGGUGUGUCUGAUGUAGAGCUGAGAGUAGCAUUACCAGAUGGAACAACAGUUACCGUCAGAGUUAAAAAGAACAGUACUACAGACCAAGUAUAUCAGGCUAUUGCAGCAAAGGUUGGCAUGGACAGUACAACAGUGAAUUACUUUGCCUUAUUUGAAGUGAUCAAUCAUUCCUUUGUACGUAAGCUGGCUCCUAAUGAGUUUCCUCAUAAACUCUACGUCCAAAAUUAUACAUCCGCUGUGCCAGGCACCUGCCUGACUAUUCGAAAGUGGCUUUUUACAACAGAAGAAGAAAUCCUCUUAAAUGACAAUGACCUUGCUGUUACCUAUUUCUUUCAUCAGGCUGUCGAUGAUGUGAAGAAAGGUUACAUCAAAGCAGAGGAAAAGUCUUACCAAUUACAGAAACUAUAUGAACAAAGGAAAAUGGUCAUGUACCUCAACAUGCUAAGGACUUGUGAGGGCUACAAUGAGAUCAUUUUCCCCCACUGUGCCUGUGACUCCAGGAGGAAGGGGCAUGUUAUCACAGCCAUCAGCAUCACGCACUUUAAGCUGCAUGCCUGCACUGAAGAAGGACAGCCAGAAAACCAGGUCAUAGCGUUUGAAUGGGAGGAGAUGCAGCGAUGGGACACAGAUGAAGAAGGCAUGGCAUUCUGUUUUGAAUAUGCGCGAGCAGAGAAGAAGCCCCGAUGGGUUAAAAUCUUCACACCAUAUUUCAAUUACAUGCAUGAAUGCUUUGAGAGAGUGUUCUGCGAGCUCAAGUGGAGAAAAGAGAACAUUUUCCAGAUGGCAAGGUCACAGCAGAGGGAUGUGGCCACCUAGCCUUCCCUUUUCCCCUUCCCUUCGUCCUCUUCCUCUUAUCCUUCUUGUCUCCCAUGUCAGACAGAGUAACCAUUAACACAAAAGAAGAGAAAAGGAAAAAAGUCAUUAUAUUCAAAAGCCCUGAUCUAAAUAUUCUUAAUAACUCCCUCUGAAUUUUAUGUAUCUGGAAUUGAGCUGGUAGAGAACAAUAGAUAGUCAGUACCAGAAGUCCACUGAGUUAAGACAGGAAAAGAAGUAAGCCCAGCCAACUCGCCAAAGGUGUCUGUCCUUUCUCCUGGGCCUCACAUCGACAGACUCUCCUUGUACUAUAUUUUUAAAACUGGAACUAUGAACUUCAUCCAUUUGCACUGUUCAGACAUAUAUAUGUAUGUAUGUAAAAAAUUAUAUAUACACAAAUUAACUGCACGUAUAUACAUAUAUAUAUUUCUUUUUAAAUUUCAUAUUGAUGGCAGUACCUUUUUUAGCUUGUGUUUUUACACACCUUUCACUAGAAUUCAUGACCUCUCUCUUGCUCUCUUUAUUUUGAAACAAACUUUUAAAAGAAAAAAAAAAUUACAGGGAAAAUACCUCUCCUCAUGAAGGACUCGAAAAGUUUACAACCUGCUUGGGUUUUUUCCCCCCUUUUUUGUAUCGAGUGCAGUUUCUGGCUCAUGGGUUGCCAUAGAGUCUGAGGAGCAAGGAGCAUAGAGUGUCUGUCUUCCAAGAAGGUGCUGGGGAGGAGAAGGAGGUGUGUUUCUGGGACAGCAAGGCUGCAGCUAUGCAGGAGAGUCUGUAGACUUGGUGUGAUGUGAUUCCAGGGCAGUGUUCCUGGCCCACACUCCCAUUCAUGGCUUUCUAGCCCACUGUGCAUCUCCUUCCUGCUUCUCUAGGGCACCUCAUGUGCUUUCCCUUAACUGGCCCAGAGCCAAGUUGAGCAUGGGCUCAGGACACCGAUGCCACAGGAACCCGAAGCACCUCCUGGUAGUCAUUUUCCAGCUCCCUGCCUAUUCCGCAGGGAGAGUAUCCAUGACCAGAGGUCACACAGACACCUUAGGCAUGAAGGUGGGACUUACAGAGGGAAAGGGAGGAAGGGGUACUGUGUGACAGGUCUUACCUGCUCCAUUCCUGCCGAGAACCCCCAGAACUGUUAACUCCCUGUGACUUCCUUCCGCAGAGCAUUGGGGAGGGAUCUGACAGUGUCUUCAGGGCCUUAAGGGAAAGUCGGAAGGGGACUGUGGUCUAAUCAAACCGUGGCCUGCCUAAACCAGCUAAGAACCCAGGAAGGCGUGGGAUUAUGGUAGAUUUGGGUUGGAUCUCCAUCUUUUACUUCCUCCUUGGAAAGAAAACCUUUUUGUCCCUCCAAGUUCCUCAUCUGAUUUUGCAGCUAAAGCCAGGUCUAAUAAGUAGAGUCACAUUCCCGGCUCUGUACUGUAUCCUGAGCUCUAUACGAUUGAGUAAGAAGCACGAAGUCGGGCUCAGAUGCAACUGAAACACAUCUUUGAAUCUUUUUUCCCCUCUUCACCUUUGAAAUAAAAACCUCCACAGGAUGGCAUGGUCUGCUUUGUGUGCCAGGAAAUCAAUCAGAAUUGGUUGUAGUCGGCUCCACUGAGCAGUGUGGGGUGAUUUGAAAUUUCUCUUUUUUAUAAUUGUCACCCUGUUAUCCUGGCAGCCACUUGCCCUGGGGACCUUUCUCCAAACCCAAGUGGAAUCAGCAUAUAAAACAUAAGAAUGUUAAUCUUUAAAGUUGCCGAGGGUACUCAUGGUUUGAAGGCUUUAGUACAGGAUUGACUCCUUUUGGCUUAAAUGAAUUUAAUAAUGAGCCAAAGGACCCUAAAAAGAAGAUAUGUUUAUUUCCACUUCAAGAUGCUACAGAUGCAGAGGCUUUUGGCACCAGCUUUGUUUAAACUGUAAAAAUAGCAGCAGUGCACCCCUCCUUCCGCUAGAGGGAGAGGGAUGAACACACCCGUGAGUCUGUGCGCAGGCUGAAUGCUGACCUCCCACACACAGGCCACCCAGAGAUUUAGAGGCCCCUGAGAGUGGGCAGAUGGUGCGUGCUCCCUUUCUGACCAGCAUUCACUUGGUUCUUUGGAGUCUGGGUGAAGGGCCUCAUAGGUAGUUAGCCUGCUGGCAGAAUCUGUUGGGGGACAGCCUGUACUUAGGGGUCUCGCAAGACAAAGCACCCAGCUGCAGCAAGCAGGUGGGAAGGAAGGAGACCCUAAAGGGUGGCAUCUUGUCCUUCACGUACUCCAGGCCUCCAGUAAUGGAGGCAGAGGUCGCUGUGGCUGUGGAGGUCCACAGGAUUGAGCCGAGCCCUUCUUUGCAUGAAGCAGUGUCAGGUGUGACUCUACUUUCCCCUCCUCCCCUGCACUUCCUUUCUCUAAUUCCUGCUCUUUCUCUUGGUCCUGGCUUCUGCCCAGGGAGGUGUCUACCCAGUCUUCUUUUGCAGUUUGUCUCUGGCAAAUGGGGCUCCCCGUCCCCAGCUUCACCCCAGCAGAACCACAGGGUCUUCGUGGCCUUUCGCUGUUGUUCCCUCCAUACUGGCCUUCUGUCCUCUGGGGCAAAAGCUCAGAGCUUUUUAUGGAGCAGCAGAAAAUGUAGGCCCUGAGAAACCUGUCCCUGUGGAAAGGUUCCCUUGGGCCACGCUUUGAGCGCUCUACCCCGUGUAUUUUCAUUCUAUUCUCCAUUUCUCUGCCCUCCCCUUGCCCUAGGCCUAAGCUCAGCACGAGUACAGAUAAGUGUGUGCUCGGGCAGCUCCUAGGCCUGGACAGAGCCCUCAGGGAGGAAUUAGAUAAAUAUUCCAGCAUCCUCAUGCCUGGCCCAGUUAGUUCUCUAGUUACCUGGGCCAGUAGCUUUGGGUUAUCCCCUUUUGAAGCUCCAAACCCUAUGCUUGGAACAGCAAAAUAGGGCACUGACAGGAGGUGGCACCUUUCUCUCUCAUCUCAGAAUUUGCCAAUUUAUAAGCCGAGCUACUGGAGGCAGUUUUCUUAAAGGGAACCGUAUGCUAGUUGACCUGAAGUCUCCCUGUCCGUAUCGCGCUGUCCGGCUGGACUAGCUCAGCAGUAGACCUCAGCACACUGCUGCUCCUGCUCCAGCCCGGCUGGACCACACUGGCUUCCUCUGAUGGGGGCUGAGUGGCUGAGCACUCGGAGAGGGAGUGGCAGAACACAGGCAGGGGGGUGCUUCUGUAGCCCUCCCCUCCUGCUGCAUCCUGCCAGGCCUCAUUCACUGCAGGAUGGCAGCAGCUCACUCCUCAGCAAUAAUCUAGGGUGUGGGGGAAGCUUAGGGCUUGGGGAGGGACAGACCUAAACAGGGGAGUGACGUGGGCUGGGGGUACUUGGCCAACUGCUAAACUUGGACACCAGUUUUAUUUCAUGCCCCUAUUCAGCUGGUGAGCUGGGCUUCAGUUUUUCCCAGGCCAUGCAUACUUUUAAUUUAUUUGAGAGAAACUCUAAUUGUAUUUUCACUGCAGUAUCUUGUAUUUUUUAUUUGUGAUUUAAGAAAUGUGAAGAGAAAAUACACAGACACAUAAUGGCUAACAGUGUUUCUUUCAUUCCUUGUUCUAGAGCUAACCACUCUAAAAUUGUUUGGUAAUGUCACUUAGUGUAAUUAAUUGUAACAUAUUCUUUUAAAUAAAUUGAUUUAUUGAUGAAACAA